AGCCGCCAUGAGAGACUACACGGCGGCGCCGAGCAACGGAGGCGCGUGCAUGCCCUGCUGCCAAGUUUGCGUGUUCGUCUUUACCGCAUUUCUCAUCGUCGCAGAGCGGACUGCGCUAAUCUAUUGCUUUGUGUACUAUCUGUGGAUUGGUCACAACUACUGCUACGCCCAUCUUUCUGGGUUCACUGCUCUAUUCUUGCUGCCAGGAUGGGUUCCUCAGUGGCUCAGUUACAUGUGGUACCUGUCAGAUGGACGCAUCCGCAGGAAGUCUCUCUCAUGGACACAUAUACUGCACCUGGGUAUCUUCAAAAGGCUGUUGGAGUGUAUGCAUCUGCCUGAUGAGGAUUUGUAUGGUGAGAUCAUGCAGCAGGCAGACGUAUCUGGCUUAAGACUCUUAGAGGCCUUGAUGGUAACCCUCCCCCAGACGCUGCUGACGACCUAUGUGCUCAUCUGUACUGAUAUAGGUCUCAAAUCUCCAGCCUCGGUGUGUUUCGUGGUGUGUUUGCUGUCUCUCGCCUGGGCCUUGGUCCUCUACGCCAGAGCCUGUUCUCUGAUCAGACCGGGUCACUUACAUAUGACGCCCGCUGCCAUUCUCUGUCGACUGCUGUGGAGGGUCGGUAUGUUGGGAUCUCGAUUCGCUGUUCUCAUGCUCUUCACACGUAUCUUCAAACAGUGGAUCCUGGGAGUCAUCGGUGUGCACUGGCUGGGGGCAACUUUCUGGAUGGUGUCUCAGCAGACUGACAUCAUACGAUCGACAAGCCGAUGGAGAAUCUUCAACCUCGUGCUGGGAGCCAUUCACAUCUUCCUCUUCCUCAACGUGAAGUAUGGUCAAUCCAGAUACCGCAUGGCCGGUUUCUACCUGGUCAUGUUCUUAGAGAACGCAUUUCUUCUUCUGGCCUCAUCCUGGAUGUUUACCAUGGUGUCCUGGGACACUGUUGGCAUCCCAGCCGCAGUGUUCUGCAGCUUCCUCAUUGGAGUGAUAGCGUUGGCUCUGUACUAUCGUUUCCUCCACCCGAAGUCCUUUGAGAUUUUCCAGAGUAUUCGCCACAGAGGGAUUAGUGGAGCCUGCACAGAGCGCGGGUCUACGCUCUCAUUGGAGGAGAAAGUCACGCCCACUUUCCAUCGCCACGCAACACUGUCUGGAGGUGGGACUCUCAUGGACCUUCCUAUCCAAUGGGAGGGCUGGAGACAUCACCACUGGCUGCUGAUUCGCUUGGCUCUGAAGACAGGGGAUGUAACAAAGAUCUGGUCGGUCUAUGGCGAGGGGGGACUGGCUGGACUGAUGGGUCUGUCUGAAGAAUUUCACUCCCCUGACGAACCAUAUGUCCCUCGGGUUGAACCUGUUCCACCACAGGUUCCUCAGAUCUCACAUCCGGCUCCUCAGCCAGCUCCUCCACAGGUGGCCCAGGCUCCACAUGUGACAGAGGUGGUCCAGGCAGCAAGGCCUCCUCCCACCAGUGUGGUGGCCAGACCGGUGAGGAGAGCUCCUCCCACAACAAUCCAGGAUAUGAGAAGGUUUCCAGAGAUUAUCCCGAUCCAUGAGGUCAUUAAUGAAGAGACAGCAGAGGAAGACUCCAGUGCUCCACCAUCCGAACGAAAUGGUGAAGAGGAUUUUCAGAGUGCAGCCUAUGGUUCACCGUCACUCUCGUCCCCAAUGCAACCAGAGAGCCUCCGCCACAUCGACAGCAAUGCUGCAAGCCUCGCUGCAAGCCUGACCCCAGCCUCGUCCUCCGUAUGCUCGCUGGACAUCAAGACUCCCGGCUGGUCACCUGAGCGACGUUCCCCUAUGCUGAUUGCUUCCCCAGAGAAAAAGUCGGGGAUACCUGGAGAGUCUAGCACCACACUGUAUUUCAGUGCAGAAGCACAGUCUCCCUCCAGCGGGAGCUAUCUCGGCUGGGGCUCUGAGCUGUCGCCCAUCUCCACCUACCGAAGUCCCUACCGGAUCAGGGAGGCUCGUUUCAUCACCUCCACCCCCCGAUUGGAGCCUCGACCUGGGGCUGAAAUUCUCAGUCCAGCCUCUGUUGUCGUGACUCCUGCCACUCCAGGUACAACACCGGGCACCACCCCCCGUGCUUCCUCGCCUGCUCUUUCUACGCCUGGUGCUUCAACACCCGCAGCUUCGACACCCGCUGCCUCAACCCCCGGUGCAUCCACUCCUGGUGCUACUACGCCCGGUACUCCAGUCAUCCCACUCACUCCAGUCAUCUCCCACGCUCGUAAACAGAUGGUCCAGUAUGUGGACAGUAGAGAGAGGGCGGUGUAAGGAGGGUUGGGGGGCGGAGGGGAUGGGAAAUCCUAGGUGGGGAAUGGAAAUCUUUUUUCAGUUCAGCAGUUGAAGAUAAACCUAUCUCUCUGCUUUAAUUACUGGGGAAAGGCUCAGUGGUUGUGUUUAUUCAUUUGUAUCAGUUAUUAAAGAAUAUAAAGUAUGAUCUUUUAUACCCUAACAUGCGGAAAAUGUAGAUGCACAAGUGACACUGGCAAAAUACCUGAAGACCUCUGUAGGGAUGUUGGUUGUGUACUGAUUGUUCAAGCUCAUGUCGCUGCACCUGCUGCUCCUGGUGGGUGCAGCUGCAUGAGGAAGGCUUGAGUAAUACGGAUCUCCUCAAAUAUGAUGCUCUUUGCAGGCUGGGGUAUAAAAACUUGUGUUGCAGGGAGACUCAGGCUGUUUACCAUCAGAGCUGGUCACAGUGAACUGAAGAUGAAAUCUGGGUCAGUAACCAAGAGAAACAUUUCACAGGUGCUAAUAAAAGUGGAGCAUCGCUUUCAUUCAUUUACAAUGAAUAAUGGGAAACCAAACAGAGAAAACCCACAGCAGUGAGGUGUCGUGUUCAGGAGGUGCAGAAUUAAUAACGUCCAUUAGCAAAUGAAUCAUUAAAAUGAUGGGGCGGGUUGAGAUAACAUAAACAAUCAUGAGAAUCGGGGCAAAGUUCAUGAAAUUAUCUUAAUGACUAAGAUUUUUCUAAAUGAUCCAGGAAAUUAAACCAGUUUACAAUAAGAACAACAUGCUGCCAGGCUGCUGAGCAAAGUCUCUUGUAUAAUGUAACUCGCCAAACCUGUCUCUUUUUUUAACUGGUGAGACUUGUCUUUAUGUGAUCUCCUCGUUUUGUCUGUAGAACAGAUUUCACUCUUACCACCUCAAUGUCUCCUAUGAGCUGAGGUUUUAGUGCUGUUCAUCAGCUAUAUGUGGCAUUGGAUCAAAUUGUCUAAAUGUAUUGUGUUACAAUGAAACCAGGGAUCAGUUGUGACAUACAGAAACAAUGACACAUUUUCCUAAAACUUGAGAUGAUGUUGAGCAUCUCCCCUCAUUCACUAAUCAGACUGUUACUCACUUUAUUUACACAACAUGUUUAAUGUUAACACAAGCUACUUUCAUACACACAUAGAUCGAGGCCUGAAUUUACUCUCUGUAAAAUAGAAAUAACUUUAUGAAUCUUAUGCUACACCUUCAUGCCAGUCCGUCAGCACCUAACAGCAGAAAAUUAAAGCUGAGGUUUGUCACGUUAGCCACUAGAUGGCUCUAGCAUGAUAUUCUUCAAACUACACUAGAAUUUAAUUAAGCAAUAUAAAAUAUUAUAUCAUCUGAUCGUUGUUUUAUUAUUUUUACUUUUCUCGUAUCUUAUUGCUGAUUGGAUUUUAUGUUGGUGAUCACAUAUUAAUUUAAUCUAUAAAUAUAUACUGUUUUAGUCAUACAAUUAUAUAGUUAUAUGAGACUAAUGUAUAAUAUUCAUCAAAGCAUAAAAUAAAUCUAUAAAUAUACAAACAAAUUAUUAAGACUAACUUCACCAUUCACAGACAAGCUUUUCUCGAAAUUACACAUAUAUAUAUUUUUAAUAGUUAGUUUGACCAAAUAUAAUUAUGAACAAGGUUUUUUAAAGGCGAAUUUGUUUUACAUAAUAAGGAAUGGAUAAUUUCUGCAGCAGGACAUAAUUAAUGCUUGUGUUGUUGAAAGAAAAUAUUUUCAAUGACGAAUCCCAAUUAUAACAUUUUGUUUUGUUUUAAUUAGUGACAUGUAUGAAUGAUGAUGAUAUAUAUAUAUUAUGUGAUACAAUGGAAUUAUCAUUAAAAAUCACAUUCAGUGAACACUGAAGCUGGAUGCUAAUGAUCAUUUAUUGAAUGAGGUACUAUAUUAAUGUUAAGCUGAAUGAUCAGCUGUAACUCUAAAUGAGUGGUUUUCUUCUACAUUAAGGGAAAAGCUCUAAAACAUGUUUUUAUCAUGUAAGGAGCAGAAUGUAAAAUGUGAAUUAAGGUAAAGAUCAUGUGCUGCUAUGGGUUUCCAGUUCGGUGAGAGCCAGUAUUAUGUCAUGUUAUAUUUAUUAGUAUUUAUUUCAAUAAGUCAUGUUCAAGAAUGUAGCGUUUACAGAUAUCAGUCUACCAUGUAUAUUUGUCUAUGGUUUUGUUGUUUCUUUCCUAAACCAAGCUUUUUAAUUUUUGAUUUUUUAAACAAAAAAUUACAUAUAUAAAGUAAAGUCACUAAUAAGCAAUUAAAUUGUUGAGAAUAUACUGUUAAUUCUGGGUUUUGGAACAAAGAAUAGAGAGAUAUGUGCUUUUGGCCGAACAGCCUUAUCCGACCCUGUCAUAUCCAUGAACUUUGACCUGCUGAGAGAAAAAGAAGUCCCUGCAUGAUACUCAUUCGUACGGACAACACAGAUGUGUCUAUUCCCAUAGAGAAAAACGCACCAACUGUAACUACACAUGCACACACACGUCACAGUAGUUAACACACAUGCUUGAAUGUAUGUGUAUGCAGAAGCAAUAAGGAAGCUAAUGAAAGUAUAUUAGUGCACUGAUAAAAAUAUGUUUUAGUGAAGUCUUGGCUUGAUCAUCAUGAAUCAGCACUUUGCCUUGCAGGAAGCUUGUUUCAUGUGUGUGUAUUGCUUUGUAUUAGCACAGUAUAGGCUUUGCUAUGUUACCUGCUGUGUGUGUUGAUAUUUACUUGUGUUUUCUAAUUUGAAUCAUUUUGUAUUUUAAACCAAAUUCUGCUUUUAUACUCGAUCACAUGUAAUGUCCUGAGAUGAGCCACAGUGCAGUGUUUCCAGGUCGUGUGCUAAAGUUUCAUGUGUGAACUUGUGGUGUAGGGACACUGACAGGCUGGAGCUUCCUUACGUCACCUCAUCGUUGGACGGCCUCCACUAAUCAACAUGCAGCACCUCAUCUGUAGCUAUUGAUGUGAUGAAAAAUAAAGUCAUUAAUCAUGA